GGUUAAUCAACCAAGAGCUGAUGGAAAGUAAACCUUGCUGGUGAACUGAACGCAACAGUCAAACACACUGUGUUAAAUGACAGGAAUGCUGAAAAACAUAAAACAGAAAAUGGAGCAUAACCCUGACAAUGACACAAGCAUUUUAAGCACAGAACAGGGUUUUCUGGUUUUCUCAAAUAGAAACCAGCUCUGAAAUUCACUUCACGAGACCAUACCUGUGCUUAUAGGAUGAAAUCAAAGAACACAAAAGCAAACUUGUUCCUCAUAAUCAUUCUUGCAUUUCGCAUCUUUUUAUCUUCAGAAGCUUCUCUUGAUGAUGAUGAUGAUGAUGAAGUGAGGAUCCUGGCGGUGGGGGUCAGAGGUCAGUCCAGGUUCAUCGCUGCAGAUCUUCUGUCAGGAAGGAGAGACGGAGGACAGGAGGACGGAGAGAUCGUAAAGACUCCAGUAAUUACAGACGAGGCUGGAAGAACGAUGCUGGUCACCGGACCGAACCUCUGUGAGGAGGACGCAGAGAGACAGACCUUCACAACAGCGCUGUUCCACUCGACUCCUGGACCUCACGCCGUUUUAAUGGUCCUGAAUCUGGAAGAUCAACAAUCAGGACAGUGUGAUGUUAAGAAACGAGCCCAGGAGAUGCUGGGAGCAGAAGUCCUGCAGUACUGCAUUGUUCUUCUGCUCCAAAACCACCAGGAACCUUUCACGGGAGCGUCUGGAGAAAUGAUCAACGCUUGUGGAGGAAGAUUUCACAUCAUAAGAGACUCUGAGCCCAAACCAAAAGCUCUUAUAGCGGAAAUAAACAAGUUAGUUUGGCUCAACGAUCACAGAUUUUACUCGGUAUUGAAUGAAACUCAACUUUUAGAGUUUUUUAAAAGACCAGAUGAAAUCCAGAAGAUACUUGAAAAUGAUCAAAAUGUAAAUGAAGGAAACCAGGUAUUAUCUGUAGUAUAUAACGGUCUAGGAGAAACGGGUGCAGUUGUGGGAUGGAUUUCACUUUCCGCUCUUGUUAUUUACAGUAAACUGAAUCACAAAUAUUUAAAUUCUGCUGUAAAACUUGCAGCGCUUGCUUUGUUUAUGAUUAAUGUACGACACUUUCUGCAUCCUGAUUUUGCCAUACCGCUAAAUUUAGCUUUGGUAACGUCAUUCGCAACUGUACUUGCAAAAGACACCAGAGACUUUGAAGAAAGAGAGUUUAUCGGGAGUCAAGACCCCAGGUAUAUCAUUGGGGAUGUUAUAACCUUUUUAUUCAUGAAACUAAUAUUUCAUUUCAUAGCAAUGAUGCAUUUACCGUCUGUGGUUGGUUUGUCUUUGGUCUUUGGGUCAAUUAUCAGCAUCCGAACGUUGUCAGAUGUGCUCAUAGUUUGUUAUACGGCUCCUGGGGUCACAGUCGGGAUUUUUUCAUUUAUAUUUUACAAUGAAGCCGUUAGUCGUGAAUCUCCAUUCUUUGCACUCGGGUCAUUUCUCUGUUCUUCUAUGGGAGCGACCCUCUCAAUGAGGCUCGUGAGCAUGCUAUUUUCUCUGUUUGGUGUCAAGAUGAUAAUAAUUUUACUGUUAUUUGGAUUUACAAUGGCAUGUUUGCAUUUAAAGACUGAAACUCUACACAAUGUGCUCUGUUACACCGUAAUUAUUGUGGUUUUGCCAUGUGUUUGUGUGCUCAUUGGCACAUGUGUCUUUCUCCUGUCAAGGUUGGCAAUGAGUUUUAUCAACGUAAUUAUAGAAAAGUUGGUAAGUUCUUGGCUGUUUUAUGUAGCAUUAUGGUUUGGUUCGUUAAUAGCAAUUUGCCAAAGGCAGCAUGCAUCAGGUUAAGCCCCAAAUAGAAGCGAAAUCUGAAAUAACUCAUUAUUAUGUAUAUAUUUUAGCGAUAAUUGUUGGUAAGACACUCUAGCUCUGGCUGAAAAUGUAUUAAUCCGCCUUUUCAGUGUCUCCGUGAAGCUAUAAGGGAAUAAUAUGCAAAGUUUGGGGUUAAUAACAUGCAAAAUAAAAAAAUAUUUCUACUAAAGUAAUUUGAAAGUAAGGGCUACCUACUAUGCUACAAUCUUAUAUUUACUUUUUUAAACAUGCAUCGUUUCAGUCCAAACACUCGGUUAGGAAGCAGACUUGAUUUUCCCCAAUUUGGGUGGAUUUGGGUUACUCGACGGUCCUGGAUUAGAAACAGUGUCGCCAAGUCCGUGCCAACAACGCUAGUUUUGAGCAGCAAAUGGUCUGUGUGCGACAAAACGCACGCGAGUUAAACAGUAGAGUUUUACCGUUUUCAAAUCCAUCCAAUCCAGCACUUUUAGCUUAGCGUAGAUCAUUGAAUCUGAUUGGACCAUUAAUUCUCACUCAAAAAUGAAAUGUGACAUUUUACCCAUUUAAAACUUGACUCUCCUCUAGUUAAAUUGUGUACCAAGUCUGACGGAAAAUGGCUAGGAACUAUACUCUCGUUCCAGCGUAAUAAUCAAGAAACUCGUCGUGUCUUUGACCCAGCAGGUGCAGUGAUAUCAUGCAGCGCCUGAAAAUAGUCCCCGGCUCAGUGCUCAUUGUACGACAGGAGAGUUAAGUUUUAUAUAGGUAAAAAGAUUUAAACUUUUAGGUCAUUUUUGAGCAAGAUGCUAACGUUCUAAUCAGAUGCAUUGAUCUAUGCUAAGCUACAGUUGCUAAGCUACAGUUGACUGAACAGAUCCAAACUGUUUAACUUAAUGAUUUUUUAUUAUUUUCAAAAAUGGUGGCGGG